UUUUGCUUUUAGCAAUUAAAUCUAUGAAAUCUCAUUCAAAUAUCUACUUGACUUCUGAACGGUUUUUUUUGAAGCCGGGUGAGGUUGACAAAAUUUCAGAUAACGAGUAAUUUUAAAUAAGUUUCGAGUGCUAAGAACAAUCUGAUUUCAGUGUUGUUUUGACACCGAAUGUGUUAGUGUCAUUUUGGCACCAAAAGAUACUUUUCUGCCGAAGAUUUGUGAUACUCACCCUCCAGAAUAGUGACCAUGCCUUUGAAUCUUAGUGAAAGAGAGAAAAUCUUAAGUCCGAUGGCCUGGGCCAAACGAUUUAGUUCAGUUGAAAGUGCUUCUAUAUAUUGUUACAAAACGGGAGAAGAAGGAACUAAAAAAAAUGCGAAAUACUUGAAAAAGGCAAACAUCAAGUACGGUCCUCGGGAAAGACAACUCCUGGACAUUUAUUACAAAGACGAUGAAAAAGGGACGCCCGUUAUCGUGUUCAUACACGGCGGAUAUUGGCAGGAAGCAAGCAAAGAUUGGUCAGGUUUUUGGAUGACCCCAUACCUUGAAAAUGGAUAUCGUGUUAUUUUGAUGGGUUACGACUUAUGUCCUGCUAUUACUCUCAGCGAACAAGUUGAUGAAAUUAAAUAUGGGUUGAAGCACUGUCUGCAAUACGCGGCAGAAACAAAUGCUAAGGCAGUUUCUAUUAUCGGACAUUCAGCCGGAGCCCACUUGGCCAUUUGUGCUUUGGAUAAGGAAACUGUGGGGCUGCCAAGUAUUAACCUGGUGAAGUCCGUCCAUCUUGUCGCUGGCAUCUAUGAGCUGAGCCUAGUUGUCAAUUCUUCUGUGAAUGAAAAUAAUACAUUAACCCUGGAUGAAUCGAACGUUCAACAACUUUCUCCGAUGUUGUUCGAUUUUAGCUACCUAAAGGGACUUAAAUUCAAAAUUCACGUUUACGCAGCCGAAUACGAUAGCCCCCUCUUCGUAGAGCAAGCAGGAGAAUUCAACAACCAAUUGGAAAAAUAUGAAAUUGACACCACGUAUAAAUGUUUACCGGGCAUAGAUCACAUGGGAAUCAUGGAGAAAUUUGACGAAAAUGAUUUCGAAUUGACACAAUUGGUUCUGCAAGAAUUACGUUAGACGAGUCAUGACACGCUCAAAAAAUGAAAAUGAACAGAAAUCCCACGAUAAAUGCGUUAAUUGCCCACUACAUUACAAAAUAUGAUAAUAAAUGUCUAUAAAUGUA